AUGACAGGAAGACGCAGACGCAGCGGAUCCAGAAAGUCUCGAUCGCGGUCUAACGGCCGUUCGGGCAAUGCCGAAGCGCUGGGACCCACGCUAACUACCCGAGCACGUGCCAGUGAGAGGAUGGGCGAAUCUAUACCCUUGAAAGAAAUAAAAGUCGUCAAUCGCGAUGGAGAGCUUUCUCGUGGCGCAGAUGCGACAUCAGUACCGGGACAGCAAGAGGUUUGUGAGGCGAUGCUUCCCCGCCAAGCUGUCGAAAACGGUAACACCACGCAGGGAAUGGAAAACGGCGAUAAUGGAGAGGUCAGCAAGGCCGAGGGGAUGGUUCCAGGACCCGAUAGCCUUCUCACCACUCAUGCCCCGUCCGAUAACAAUGACCCGGGAAAGAUCGCUGCAGAUGGAAAGCUCAACGAAGAACUAGUGAGGAAGGUGCUACAGGAUGCUCUCGAGGCAAAACGCAAACCAGAGGACCCAUGGGCGAAAUGCGCGAAGGAGGUAUGGGAGUUCGAGGAGUCGUUGGUGCAGAAAUGGAAGGAGGAAAUAAAUAACCUUUUGCUAUUUUCAGGUCUAUUCUCCACCGUCCUCACCGGGUUCAUCGUGCCAUUUUAUGUUACCCUCGCCGUCACCCAGACACUCAUCUCCAUGUCCGGCCAACUCAGUGUCGUCGCGGCUGAUGCGGGACACGCCACCAUCGCCAAGUGGCUGAUAAAACUCUCCGCCCACUCUCAGUCCUCUUCUGGACCAUCGUCUACCAUCGUUGCUGUCGCCGUGUUGUGGUUCGCUGCGCUGAUUCUCAGUCUUGGUGCCGCGUCAAUAGCAUUGUCCAUCGGUCAAUGGUUGCACCACCACAUCAAUGGUGCUUCCAAAACAUCUCAGCGGAGCGUCCGAGUGUGGUCUUUCCGCCGUCGAGGAUUGACGCGCUGGGGUGUCGAGCAAGCUGUAGCUGUUCUGCCACUUCUGCUGCAGUUUGCUCUUGUUCUCUUCCUCCUCGGCGUCGACAUCCUCCUUUGGACCAUCAGUACUGUGGUGGCAGGAGUCGCAACGGCCCUUAUCAUUCUUCUCCUUGUGCCGACCAUCGCGACAUCCGUUAUCCCAUCCUUUUCACCCGACUGCCCUUAUAAAUCGGCGCAGGCAUGGUGGUUCUUCCUUUUUUGGAGAUGGGCUAUGCAAUGGCUGGAGAAAGCUAAUCUUUUUGCUGAGGCAGAAGGGCGUGAGUAUGUAUUACGCAAGAUCUGGAACUGCUGCUGUCAGGAGAAUUGGCGAAUCAUACGGGAUCUGCCUCCUUUGAGCGGCUGGAGACAGCUGGACAACUUCUGUAUGCAGACCUUGGAGGACGACGUCGAAAAGAAACUGAACAUGCUUGUCAAGGCCGACGCAUGUGUUAUGGACGAAACAUUCCUCAGCACUGUUGUCCAACCCUGUUUGCAGCAAGCUGGGGUCUUGGAAGCGCUUCCUGCAUUCUACGAGAUCCUGGAUCACCGAGCGCACGAUCGUCAUCAAAACAAAGCACCAGAAUGGUGGCCCGAAGAACAAGAUCAUCAAGCUGUCCACACGCUAGGGCUCAUGUCUUUGGGCAUGUACGACAAGAUUGUAUCCGUGGGUAUGGGCGACAAAGAGCGCAAAGAGAACAUAGGGCACAUAUUCGAGCGCGUUGGCAAUCUUCUGUAUGCCAUGCCGAGUACGAUGCCCGCAGUCUACAACAGGCUCAUGGACAUGUGGGAAGAUACGGGCCUCGCUGAUAACAUACGCGUCCACAUUGCUCCACUCGUCGUUGAGUACUAUUCGAGAUUUAAUGACGGUAACCGCAUCGACACAAACUCUGUCCGAAAGAUGUUCGACCUUCUUCCGACCGCUAAUGAAGAGCUCAGCAUCAGACAGUUCUUGCGAUACUUUUGGUUCGCAUCCAAGAAUGCUGCGAAUCUCUCUCCAUCUGACUUGGCUCAAGUUCGCGAGGCCAUUCAACAAGCGUUGGUAGCUGUAGAAGGAUGCUUCAGCCCAAACAACAUAAAAUUUGAGUCUCAGGAGGGCGGUCAAGCCAGGACAUGGUUGAAUGUUGCUGACACUUGCCAAGCAUGUGCGCGCCUUGCCGAGUACGAUGCCAGCCUCUUCACGAAAGCGUUCAUCGACGCAUUGGCAGGAUGCGCUGCACGGUGUCCCCGUAAUAAUGUCUAUGACGACAUACACAGUCAUAUAAAGAAGAUACGGAAUCUCUUUAACACAUUACAUGAAAACCGGUGA